UCUUGUUUUCUCUUCUCCCUCUCCUCUUGAUCCCUUUUGUUUCUUUCCUCCUUCUUUCACCUCUUAGUACCAUUAUUAGUAUUAUCAAUUAUUGAGUUACAUUAGCCUUUAGGUGCUGAAGUCAGGAUUGGGAUCACGUUUUGCUAGGCACAUUAUACAAAAACAUAGUAGCUGUCCCUGCUCCAAAGAGCCUACAACUUGACCAGACAAGAUAAACAAAGGGUGGGAGGGGAAACAGAGGCAGAGUGAGGUGUAAUGACUUGCCCAAGGUGGCACAAAGCAGGUGAGGACGAUAGCCAGGAAUAGAAAAUGGGUCCAGAGCCCCACCCCAGUACCCUGUCCAGUAGACCACCCACCUCACAUCCUUUCACCUCUUUCUGCUUUCUAUUUUUUGCGUUCCUCAUCCAUUUGUUCUUUUCCAUCUUAAAUGCACUCUGAGUCUGAGUGACUUUUCAGAGUGCAUUUUGGGACAGUUCUGUAGCCAUAAACAUUUCUCUUCUGAUACCAUUUACACUGAUGCAGCAUCACUGAUUUCAGUGGACUUUCUCCUGACUUAUACAGGAAUAUGUGAAAUCACAAUUAGGCCCACUGGCUUCACAUACCAGAAGAAUACAUGUACGGUCAGGUUAGGCACCAAAAUAUAUAUUUUAAAAAAUGAAUGUAGACAGGGAAAAGGCAAUAUUUGGUGCAUUUGUGUUGUAAUUUACAUGCUGCACAAAUCCAACUCAGGAAUACUAUAGAGGUAAAAGAUACAUCUCCUAUUAGUUCUUAAAGGACCACAUCAGCUAUUCUACUGGGCCCAGUAGUCUGAAAAUUUGAAAGGUAAGCAGCGCUUUUCACCAUGAUGAGUAGCCUAUUUGAAAAUAUAGUUUCUAAAUAGACUUGACGUAUCUAAGGCUCCUGCUAGCCAGGGUCAUCUUGCUAUGAUGACUCUGCAGGGUAAAAGCAGGAAGCUGAUGUAUAUGCUGUUCAAUCAGUACUGAAAGCAAGUUGGAAAUUGGCUUGCAAUGGCAGAAACAACAUAAAGUAGCAGUAGUCCCCUUCUUUCCCAAGCAAUUUUUUUUUAACUUUGAAACUGACAAAAUUAUGUUUUGCUUAAACUUUUAAAUUUAAAAUUUUCCUAAUUCUCAAAUAUUUUAGUUUGUUCCCAGGGAAAAGUGCUUCUUAUCUUUCAAACUUUUAGAUUGAGAGGUUUGACAUAAUGGCAUACGUGGCAUCCCUAACUUAGAAAAUCCACUCUCCUAAAUCACAGGCUUUUUUUCCUCCAGUAGUUAAUUAAAAAUUAGAUGAACUGCCUUCUUGCUCAGGGCAAAUAUUGGAUUCUUGGACGGUAACGUAUGGAUUAAACUUUGUUCCUUCAUACAUUUUAUUAUUCUGUAGGGGCGGCAUCAUAGUUGUCCGAGCAUAAGUGGUUACCCACACAAAAUGACCCUGCUAGGGAUUUAAGUACACAGUGCAGAAAAUUCAAAAGUUACAGUUUCCAGAGCAUUUGUUAACUUGUCCUUUUUUGCACACACACUCGUUAAUAUUCCUGUGCGUGUUGAUGAUUUAUGCCCAUCAUGGUCAACAUACCCCCUUUGUCCAGGACAUACACGCAUGUUGGGUGAUUCACCUGCACGCACCCACAUUCUCUCAUCACCUGCAAUUCAAGCUCACGCAGCCGCUCUUCUUUAAGUGCUUGUUGAUUUCUCCUUCCCUCUCUUUUUCUGGGUGCAGCACUCUCCUUGGCUUUGCCUGAGAAUCCUGGCCUCCGAGGGUCCUGCUUUUGCCUGAGAGUAAGAGCAGGAAGCAAGCACUAUCUCCCCCAUUUAUGAAUGUAGUAUAAAUCCUUACUGCUCUUACUCAGGCAAACGGGUUCCUUCAGGUACUGGUAAGGGGAGUCUGUAGCAAGUACUGUGUUCCAGAUCACAUGGAAAGUAAGAACUCUAACCAGUAGCUCUGUUGCUUUUCUCCUCUGAUAGUCUUUUUUUUUUUUUUUCCCUCCCCAUGCACCAAUUGGACUCAUGUUCUGAAGUGGAGAAGCUGGGAAGAUCUCCUACUGCUUUCCCAGGCUCAUGGGAGGAGCAGGGAUGGGACAGAGAAAGCUCCCAAGGGCUCCCUCUGGCCCUGCAAUGACAUCCCUCUGCCUCCAAGGGAGAGGAAUGAAGGUUUCUCUGCUGCUCCCCUUUCUUUGACUUCUGUGAGAGGACAGUGAAAUUUCCUCUUUCCAGAGGAAAAGGGGAGUGAGAUAGUAGCACCCCUUAUGAAAAAUCAGCAUCAGAUAUAUGUUGGGGAAAGGAGGAAAGCGGAAGUUUGACGAGCAUGAAGAUGGGCUGGAAGGCAAAGUGGUGUCUCCUACUGACGGUCCAUCUAAGGUGUCUUACACCUUACAGCGCCAGACUAUCUUCAACAUUUCCCUUAUGAAACUUUAUAACCACAGGCCAUUAACAGAGCCAAGCUUGCAAAAGACAGUUUUAAUUAACAACAUGCUGAGGCGAAUCCAGGAGGAACUCAAACAAGAAGGCAGCUUGAGGCCUGUGUUCAUCACCACUUCACAGCCUACUGACCCUCUGGGUGACAGCUUUCGAGAGGCUCAGCCUGCGUUCAGUCAUCUUGCCUCUCAGCCAGUUCACCCCACUGACUUAGUAAGCACUACACCAUUAGAGUCUUGCCUCACCCCAGCCUCUUUGCUUGAGGAUGACACUUUUUGCACUUCCCAGACUGUCCAACAUGAUGGUCCUACAAAACUACCACCUCCAGCUGUCCAACCGGUAAAAGACAGUUUCUCCUCGGCCUUGGACGAAAUUGAGGAGCUCUGUCCAACACCUACCUCUACCGAGGCAGUAGUAGCAGCAACAGAAGCAGCAGCAACAACAGAUGACUCUAAAGACAACGCCAGUGAGUCUAAUGUUCAAAAGUCUGAGGGAGUCCAAGAGAGCAGAACAAGUGAAUCAAAACUCAUGGACUCAUUACCCGGCAAUUUUGAAAUAACAACUUCCACAGGUUUCCUUACAGACUUGACCUUGGAUGAUAUUCUGUUUGCUGACAUUGACACAUCUAUGUAUGAUUUUGACCCUUGCACAUCUGCUACAGGGGCUGCCUCAAAAAUGGCUCCGGUCUCAGCAGAUGAUCUCCUAAAAACUCUAGCCCCCUAUAGCAGUCAACCAGUAACCCCAAAUCAGCCUUUCAAAAUGGACCUCACAGAACUGGAUCACAUAAUGGAGGUGCUUGUUGGGUCUUAAAGUAUAACGACUUUUUAUGUACCAGUAUAUACACUUGGUAGUAUUUUCACAACCCUUCCCUCCCUCCCCGCCCCUCCAAAUUCACAGCACUGUGCAUGCGUCCUUGCUUGCCUUUUUUAAAAGAAAAGGAUCACACUAGUUUUUGCUUCAAGCAGAGUUGGAGUGCCUUCAUCCAUGUAUGACCACUUUCAAUGUAUUUUUUUUUAAGUGGUUCCUCAAGGAAGACCUAAUACCCUGGUAUAGGAAAGAAUACAUAUUGUAGACAAUAUUACUAUGAUAUUACGACAAAAAAAUUGAAUUGUAAAAGCGAAGCACAAGGAUUAUGUUGGGGAAAGCUGUACAUUUGCAUGUGCAUAUUUGUCUAUUUUUUCUAUAAGUUUUAUUGCAAGAGGUAAAAAAUUUAUUAUUUAGAUAAUCUCAGUACCUUUUUGGCAUUUUAGCCCUGUAUAGGUUGACUUAGCAAUUCAGCCCUUUGGAGGCAUUAACUAGUCUUCUUUAAGUGUUGCAUUUACAUGGCUGUUUAGAAACUGCUGCCCAAAUUUAUUUUAUAUUUUUGUACAGAUUCUGCAGUUUAUUAUAUUGUUUUUUCUAAAAACAAAUGCUGUUUAUACACACAAAAAAUAGCUAUUUUGAUAGGAUUUGCUCACAUAGUUCCUGCAUAAUUGAUGUACAAGAACCCCUUGUACUUUUAUACAGAGUUGUAAUGUUUUAUAUGUGUAUGGUGCAAAGAGAAAAAUGGAUCAAAUAAAUCUGCAGUUAGGUCUCCCUGAAUGCAAGCAGUGCUUUAAGAAAGGGCUGGGGGCUGUUUCACAAAUAUUUACUCGCUGCUGUAGCCACCUGUGCACUACUGUGAUUUGAAAACCUAGAGCCAUGUCGACUCCAAGACCUAUGUUAAACAGUUGGCAGGAGAUAAUUGUGAAACUUCAUUCUAAGUGUUCUCUUGUGAGAUCAAGGCUACUGAAAACCUGAUCCUGAAGCCAGUAUGUCAAGCAAACGUAUAAUCUUUUUAUUUUUAAGCAAAGUUUUUGGGGUUUUUUCUAAAUUUGGAACAGCCAAUUGUCUUUGUUACUUGAAAUGUGUUACCAUUUUAGCAAGUCGGCAUUUCCUUAGCUUUUAAUUUUAAUGGGAAUAUACACGCCAUUUACAAAUACAUCUCUUUGUAAUUUUUCUUAAAGAAGAUAUACAUGGUAUUUGUUCCAAUUAAUUUGCGUUCAAGAUUCCACUUGCCCUUUCUUGGAGCAUUCUUUCUCCCUCACUGUGUUAAUAAGUGCUGAAAAAUGCAACUUCAGUAUUACUGCAGUGAAGCUCAUCUCUUAUCUGCACUGGAUGGACUUAUUUUAGUAUCCAUUGCUGUUGAAACUGGAGCCAGUCGUGUUACAUCACUUGGCAUCUCCUUUAGGGUUCGUUUCUUGUAUCAACCGCGUUACCUGCUUUACACUUUAUAGACCUGUUUUACAAUGAAUAUACAGACACAGCUUUCUAUGCAUGUUUCCUUCCCCCGUAACACCUGAGAAGUCUUCUCAUUACUGCACCAAUAGCAUUUUUGUAUUCAUUGUGGUGUACAUUUAAUUUAAAAAAACGUUUGCAAUGUAUCAUGCCUGUUGCUGAAAUUGCUAUGGCAUUUUAGUUUUUCAAUGGUACUUUAGCUGAUGAGUGCAGGUUACAACCUAUAUUGUUGACAUGCCUAUGGCUUCUUUAGGAAUAACUUUUAUAUUUAUUUAAGAAAUUUUAAAUUAUGUUUUAUGUCAUUUGGCAAUAUUCAGUCAAUUCUGCUCACUUCUUGUCAUGGAUAAAAUUGGGUCUUGUCUGCCUUUAAGAAGGCAGCUUUAUAAAUUGGCACUUUAAACAGGCCAUAUAUAUUUACUAGUAAAUAUAUAUAAUGCACACACAUAACAGAAAGCAAAUAAAUUUUUCAGGGAAGGAACUGCUCCUCUAAAUGCAAUGCAUCAUGUACAAUUAGGAAAUGCUUCUAGAUCCUAAUUAAUCAGCCAGUUUUAGUCUAUUUUAAAGAGAAAUACUAUCUGACACAACAAGAUGUUGAUAUAAUCACAAUUGUUUGCUUGCAAUAUAGUAUUUUCUAACUUCAAACAGAAUGGCAGCAACCAACUAAAAUUAAGGACCAUUUUUAAUUGCCGGCGCAGGGCCAGCUGGGGUAGGGUCGCUCUGUUUUGCAUCCAGUAAUGUUUGGCUAUUGUUCAGUCAGCAGCUUCCAUUCCUUGUAAGAGAACAAUCCUGCCACACACUCCUCAACUUUUGUAACUGGAACACCCAAGGAACCAUAGCUACCACAAAGUGUAUCAAUCUGUAUACAAAAACCUAAAGCCAUGCAAUAAUGUUGAUUGUUCAGAACAAUAACAUGGUAAGCAGUUGAUUAUGGUUGUUCUAAGUUAUUGUAAAUCAGUUCUUAACAACUGCCCUUUCUUUGGAUUAGUUAAUUGUGUUUUUAGACAAGCACCAUAUGUUAGGCAACAGUUCAAAUAAACGCCAUUUUCAGAGCAGUGAACUGCUGUUUAAAAGUGGUUGUUUGAAGUCUCUUUGUAAUUGCAGAACAGGAGAGAGACUCUCAAAAUACUCUUUACCUCUCAAAAGAAAUCUGUGUAUCCUUGGUAAUAAAGUAGGGAAAUCCUUAAUAUUAGAGUACACCUCUACCCCGAUAUAACGUGACCUGAUAUAACACGAAUUCGGAUAUAACGCGGUAAAGCAGUGCUCCGGGUGGGCGGGGCUGCGCGCUCUGGCGGACCAAAGCAAGUUCGAUAUAAUGCGGUUUCACCUAUAAUGCGACAAGAUUUUUUGGCUCCCGAGGACAGCGUUAUAUUGAGGUAGAGGUGUACUUAAAGGAAGUUGGCAGGAGAUACACACAGAGCAAAACACCUGAUUUAUAAAAUUAGGCAAAAGGUUGGUAAUUCUUAUUUUGAACUGUAACCUUUAAUUCUAUAGAUUGAAAUGCUUGUUGGAACCUUCUGCGUUGGCAGUAACUUUCUUUCUAUAGCAUGGCCUUCUUGCAAAGGGCUGAGUAUAACAGUCAAGAUAAGAAUUCUUUAUAAAAGAUGAAUACCCAGGUGAUGUAUAUUGACAAUGAUGUGCAAUGAAGUGACAAGAUGGGAGCAGAAUAAAAGAGCUUUGGAUUUGAAGUGAUUUUUUCAUAAGUUAUUUAUUCCUUUUUUUCAUUGUAAAUAUAUUUAUUUUAUUGUGGAGCUAACAACAUCUGGAUUGUAACAUGUACAGAAUGUAUGGUAGGAAUGUAUUCUCUUGUAGGAAUGUCAAUCUGUAUGGAAAGGGGAUGGGAGCCUGAUUCAGAGAAAAUGCAUUGGGUUCUAUUCGGGAUAUGCAAGGUUCACAUUAAUUCCCCCCCCAACACACACACACACACACUCUUUUCCAACAUGGGUCUGGUUGUUUGAAAUAUGCAAAAAGUAUGGAUGAGGGAGACUUUAAUACUCAAAAUUAGUCCUAAAAAUCAGACUCAUAAUGCGUCCGUGCCUUUAAAGGGGCCUGCUCUUGCGCCCUUUAAAGUCAGGUGGAGUCUUGAGUAGAAGCAGCAGCAAGGUCCGCAUACCGCCGCUGUUCCUUUAGGGGUUGAUCUUGUAAGUGCAUGAGUGAGGGCAGGUCUACACUACCGCUUAAGUCCAUCUAACUUAUGUUGCUCAGGGGUGUGAAAAAGCCUCCCCCCGGGCAACGCAAGUUUCGCUCUGUCCACACCAGCACUAUAUCGGUGGGAGACACUCUCCCGCUGACGUAGCUUUGGCAUGUCACCGAGGUGGAGUAAUUAUGCCAAUGGGAGAGCGCUCUCCCAUCAGCAAAGCACGUCUUCACCAGAUGCGCUACAGCCAGUGCAGCUGCGCCCAUACAGCACCGUAGUGUAGACUUCCCCUAAAUCUUCACUGAUGCAAGCAGUCCCCGUGAAGUCUGGGGGGGCUCUAUGAGUGAGUAAGAAUUUGCAGGGUGAUGCCCUUACUCCAGAAAGUGCAACAGAACUGACACUGCAUUUGUGCGAAAUGGUAAGACAGACAAAAAGUGGUAAAUGCACUUUCCAAGGGCACCAUGUUUUUUUGCAUGGCUUUUGAUUUUACUAUUGCUUGCUGAUCAGGCAGUCCUUGCUCAUACGUAGUUCUCAGUGGGAAUUUUGCCAGCAAUACAGGAUUGGGCCCCAGUAACAGUCCCUGCUCAGAGGCCUAGUGGACUGUACAUAUCUGUAUGCAAAGCAAAGAGAGAUUCCUUUUAAAAGAAACUUCGAGGAGCAGUAAAGUAUUAAAAAUUAAAGGCAUCUGUCUAUUCAUGUUCCUCGCAGUGAGCUACAAAAUAAGAUGAUCGAGACGCCACCUGAAAGGCCCAGUGCGAGACUAAACUCUUCGCUUGUGCCGCAGCCAUUGUAGUUUUCUCCCUGCUGUAUGUUAAUCGCCUUCAGUGUUGUGAUUCCAAAGUUUUACACGUUCUUCAAAAACUAAAUGAGCAAAUUGUAAUGGUUCCUGCCUGAGAAAUGGGUUCGCUCGCUCUGAAGAGGCGUGAACAUUAAUUUAAUUUUGAACGGAUUUCAGCAUCCUGCUCUUGUGAAAGUUGCUUUCAGUGCUUACGUUAAUGAGUCUGAAUGUUUCUCAGAAAUUUAGUUCAGUCUAAGCUUCCCCUCCCCCCUCUUUCAGGAAAUAGGCCUAAUGCAAAUUCUGGAAUCCUUUUUAAAAAGAAACAAAAACUUUUUAGAGGGUUAACAAUGUAACCCAUGCUAGAAUCUGCAAAGGCAGAGAUUCUGGAAAAGGUGUGUAUAUAUAUAUAGUGUGACAUGUUCAGUGCAUGGUGGUUGAAGAGGGCUUGUUAUUGUCAAAAAGAAGGCUGUAUUUUUUUUUUCCCCCACAGACCUUAGCGCUGUGCCUUUUCUAUGCAAUAUUACAGACAUAUACAUUUGAACCCAGAUUACGGUAUUCACAUGUAGAUAUGGGCUGUAAUCAAAACAAUUGGACAAAUGUACAUGGAAAUGAGCAGUCUUACUUUUGUAGUUUUAUAUUAUAC